AGAAAGAAAGGGUGCAAGGUAACACUAGAAUGAGUGGGUGGCUAUGUGCUGAAAUAGCUUGGUGGGAUUUUCAAAAGCAGCCGAGUAGAGGGCGAUCUCUGCUUCCCUCCCUAACCGUCUACCCAAAGUCUUCGCUUUCGCUGCUGCAGGUGAUGCUGCUAGACGGAUACCAGGAGUUUGAUGGGGGCAAAUAGACAGAGAGCUGGAUUUGGAUUGGGAAUAAAGAAGGGGAGGGGGGUGGGGGGGGGGGGAUUUAAAGGGAAAGAAACGGAGGGAGAUUCAGACUUCAGCGUGAGAGCGAGGGAAGAGAGCCAGCGCAGAGAAAGAGAAGCGGCAGCGAUUGGAAGAAGAGAAGAGGAGAGGCAUUGACUGGAGGCACACGCAUGGACGAGAAGAAACGGGUAUUUCAUGUGCUCGGCGUGCAGCCCUGAAGGGAAGUGUGCGGCUGUCGAAGUGGAUUUUUUAAAUUAUCCACUGCUCCGCAGUCAGAGGAGAGGCGAAGGCGCACAGGCAGGCAGGCAGGCAGGCAGGCUGGGAGCAGAGAGCUGAGCGCAUAGGAUGAACAGGAGAUGUGGGCUCUGUGGCUGUGAUCGCCGUGCUCAGACCUCCUAGCCACUCUCGCUGGUCGUUGCAGGCCAUCAGCCUCGCAGGGAAGGCAGCAGCAGUCGACACAGAAUGAGCUCCAAGCACUCCUCCGACUGGAUUCCCUACAGCACUUUAGACGAUGAGGGGACAAACCUCAGACAGCAGAAACUGGACAGGCAGCGAGCCCUCCUUGAACAGAAGCAGAAAAAGAAGAGGCAGGAGCCUCUGAUGGUCCAGUCCAACGUGGACGGGAGGUCCCGUGCUCGUCGGACCAAACAGAGCGAAGAGCAGGCCCCGCUGGUCGAAUCGUACCUCAGCAGCAACAGCAGCACCAUUUACCACGUGCAAGAUCCUGAACGGGAGGAGGUGAAGGUCAUUUCGGAUGAUCCGCUUCCUCGGUCAGCCAAAAAGGGCAAAGCCUCGGCCAGCUCCACUCCACAGACAGGCAGCGAAAAGAAGGAGAGGAAGGGAAAACACAAAGCGAUCAACAGCCCGGCUGCCCAACAGGAUGACAGUCAGAUCCAGAUCCUGACGGUGGGCCAUUCUGCUGCAGAGGAGGGUGAGGCAGAGCCGGUCAUGAGCUGCACUCAGUCACAGAGCAAGCAGGACCUGCGUGUCACCAUGCUCAAGAAAGGUAUAUCCAGCAGUAUGAAUUUCGAUGAAGAAGAGGAUGAUGACGACGAAAUUAGCUCAAGUUCUUCACAGCUCAACAGCAACACCAGACCAGGCUCUGCCACCAGCAAGAAGUCGUGCAAGGAGGUGGCCUCAGCACCCACUCCACCGACAAAUGAACCUGCCAUCGAUGUGGAGGACCUGGAGGAGUUUUCCCUGCGACCCGCACCGCAGGGCGUCAGAGUGAAGUGCAGAAUCACCAGGGACAAGAAGGGCAUGGACAGAGGAAUGUAUCCCACCUACUACCUUCACCUGGAGAGGGAGGAUGGCAAGAAGGUAUUUCUGUUAGCAGGAAGGAAAAGGAAAAAGAGUAAAACCUCCAAUUACCUCAUCUCCAUUGAUCCCACUGAUCUGUCCCGUGGUGGGGAGAGCUUCAUUGGAAAACUGAGGUCAAACCUGAUGGGAACCAAGUUUACCAUUUAUGACAACGGUCUGAACCCAAUGAAGAGCACCACCAGCCUAGAAGCCAGCAAUCUUCGCCAAGAGCUGGCUGCCAUUUGCUACGAAACCAAUGUUUUAGGAUUCAAAGGACCGCGCAAAAUGAGCGUCAUCAUUCCUGGAAUGAACAUGGACCAUGAGAGAGUGUCCAUUCGGCCACGCAAUGAGCACGAGUCACUGUUGGCCAGGUGGCAGAACAAAAACACAGAGACUGUGAUUGAACUUCAUAACAAGACACCUGUGUGGAAUGAUGACACGCAGUCCUAUGUUCUCAACUUCCACGGCAGAGUCACGCAGGCCUCUGUUAAAAACUUUCAAAUCAUUCACGACAAUGACCCUGACUACAUUGUGAUGCAGUUCGGGCGUGUGGCAGAGGAUGUCUUCACCAUGGACUAUAACUACCCAAUGUGUGCGCUGCAAGCCUUUGCCAUUGCCCUCUCCAGCUUCGACAGUAAACUUGCCUGUGAAUAGACUCAAGCCUGAGGUUCAGAGAAGAGCUGGUCACCCGUCCUUAAGGGCAGCUUGUGUAACCCUUGGGUCGGUUUGAGAUCUUUAAAUCACCCAGUACCUUGGAACUCCUGCAUACGGCGAAAUACAUUGUUGGCUUCAAGUUCUAGGUGUCUCUGUGUGGCUGAGGUCGAAUGGGCAUGAUCUUUGGAACAAAACAAGCACAAAAAAAUUAUCCACUUGCCAAAUCAAAGGAAUUGGUUUUGACAAUUAUUGUAAUUUUGUAUACAGCAACUGCAUUAUAAAAGCCUACACUGUUUCUUUAUGUAGUAGUUACAUAAAUUUAACCUUUCCUUACCUGUAAAUUUUAACUAACAGGCACACACUUAUGUCUGAGCAGCUCAUUUUUUUCUGUAGUCUAGAGCACAGUCUCACACAUCAUUGCCAUGCAUGAAUUAUUCUCAGUAAAUAAAAAAAAAAAAAACACACGCUCAUCACAGUCUUUUGUUGUUUCCAUACUUCAUGCAUGGCAUUUUUGUUUUCUGCUAUCAUUUGUAACAACUUCAUCAGUAUUGGCUGUCUGGUGCUGCAAACAUUCAUCACCAUCGCAAGAAAAUCACUUGCUUCCACAAAAAUCAAUUAGAGACUCGAAAAGGGCAAAGGCAUGUUACACCACAAGUUGUGUCGCACUGUUCAAUAAGAAUGUACAGGAUGAUGGUGCACUUUACUUUGAAUCAUGUGAUGGAAAGAUAUAUACUGUACAUACUUCAUUGUGCCUUUUGAAGACGAAUUCCAGUUUUAAAGUUUGGCCACAAAAAUGACUUGAACUUGAAUAAUCUUCACGUUUCUUGCUGUAUCCACGUCGACUGAAGAUAUUUCUCUGAAUUUAAUUUGCCCAAGGCAUGUGUUCAGAAUGGGUUGCAGAAGUCUCAAGACAUAUUCCAAAGUACUCAUUUCUGGAUAAAGUUUCUGUAAUGGUUCAUCUAUAGGUUAAUUAAAAUAAGUUUAUUAACAACUCAUGAACAACAAUUAAUUUACUGCCAACAAACAAAGAGUGGGAAUCCACCUUUUGUUGUAACACAUAUCUUUUUCCUGGCAUCUUUCAUAAAUGUUAUGCUUCAUAAAGAAGUUUAAUACAUUCCUCAGUUAAGUGGCAGUAAAUCAGUUUAUCACACACUGUUCACAUUUUUACUCAAAAUAUGGUUCCUCCUGCUUGUUCUGGAGCAGGGUCUUUUUUGUCAAAUGUACAGUAGUAGAUUUUCUAUUUUAACAACCAUUUAAAAAAAUAAGCUGAAUGACAGCAAA